GCUCGCCGCCGGGAGCGCUAGCGCGGGCGAGCGGCGGAGGCCGGCCUGGGGGCGGCCAUGGACCGCUUCGUGUGGACCAGCGGCCUCCUGGAGAUCAACGAGACCCUGGUGAUCCAGCAGCGGGGAGUGCGCAUCUACGACGGCGAGGAGAAGAUAAAAUUUGAUGCUGGUACCCUCCUUCUUAGUACGCACCGUCUAAUUUGGAGAGAUCAGAAAAAUCAUGAAUGCUGCAUGGCCAUUCCUCUUUCCCAAAUUGUGUUCAUUGAAGAACAGGCAGCUGGAAUUGGGAAAAGUGCCAAAAUAGUGGUUCAUCUUCACCCAGCUCCUUCUAACAAAGAACCUGGCCCAUUCCAGAGCAGUAAGAACUCCUACAUCAAGCUGUCCUUCAAAGAACACGGCCAGAUUGAGUUUUACAGGCGUUUAUCAGAGGAAAUGACACAGAGAAGAUGGGAGAAUAUGCCAGUUUCCCAGUCGUUGCAAGCAAAUAGAGGACCCCAGCCAGGAAGAAUAAGGGCUGUAGGAAUUGUAGGUAUUGAAAGGAAACUGGAAGAAAAAAGAAAAGAAACUGACAAAAACAUUUCUGAGGCCUUCGAAGACCUCAGCAAGCUAAUGGUCAAGGCUAAGGAAAUGGUGGAGUUAUCAAAAUCCAUUGCUAAUAAGAUUAAAGACAAGCAAGGUGACAUCACAGAAGAUGAGACCAUCAGGUUUAAAUCCUAUUUGCUGAGCAUGGGAAUAGCUAACCCGGUUACCAGGGAGACCUACGGCUCGGCCACACAGUACCACAUGCAGCUGGCCAAACAGCUGGCUGGAAUAUUGCAGGCGCCUUUGGAGGAACGAGGGGGAAUAAUGUCACUCACGGAGGUGUACUGUUUAGUAAACCGAGCCCGAGGAAUGGAAUUGCUCUCACCAGAAGAUUUAGUGAAUGCAUGCAAGAUGCUGGAAGAGCUGAAAUUACCUCUCAGGCUCCGUGUGUUUGACAGCGGCGUCAUGGUAAUUGAACUUCAGUCCCACAAGGAGGAGGAAACAGUGGCCUCAGCCUUGGAGACGGUUUCAGAAAAGGGAUCUCUAACAUCAGAAGAGUUUGCUAAGCUUGUGGGAAUGUCUGUCCUCCUGGCUAAAGAAAGGUUGCUUCUUGCCGAGAAGAUGGGCCAUCUUUGCCGAGAUGACUCCGUGGAAGGCUUGCGGUUUUACCCAAAUUUAUUUAUGACACAGAGCUAAGAGUUUUGUAUUUGAAAUAACUUGUUACCGGGAUACUUGCAUCAUGUAGAGGUUGUAUGCCAUUGAGCUAAGGGUAAACCCUGAUAAACUGAGAAUUUACUGGAACUUCACAGUAUAAUAUAAAACCCUUUUAAUUUCUCCCUAAAUAUUAUGAUCCAGGAAGCUUCUUUAGGAUAAAUAUAGGAAAAUAUAGAAAGAUGAAUGCCAAUAUGAAUUCGAAAUCAUGUUACAGUUGUAUAGAAACCCUCCGAGUUUAACUUGAAAUAUGGUGGAUUUUAACUUGAUCUUCAAAUCUGACCAUUUUUGAAAGAAGAGAAUUUAGUUCAUGGGGGAAGAAAGAGAGAAGUUGCGUGUUUGGACAGGUUAGAUCAUUAUUUUGGUGUGACUAAAAUUCACCUGAAUUAUAAAUGAAGUUUUUCUCUGCAUUUAGUGUGCCCAUUUUGGGGGGUUUUCAUGAAUCAAUUUAUACCUACAGUGUAGUUUAAGAACCUGACGACAUUGGAGCAGAAUACCCAACUGCAGGAUAUCAUCUGAGGCUCUUCCUAAGGGCUUUUAGAAGCAGCCAUAGGCGUGUCUUCAGCAGACCAAAUAAAGCACCUUAAAAAAAGAGAGAAUUUUAUUUGACUUACGUAUAUAUAAUCUGACGAGUUUCUUUUCUUUUUUUUUUAAGUGAUGAUUUGAUGGCUGGCAUUUAAAGAAUGCAACUAUGUCAUUUUGUUUUAAAAAUGCUGUAGAUUUUGAAAGUGAAUUAGAGAGCUGUAUAGACAUGCCCAGAGAUACGGUUACAGAUUUGGGAAGUAGACGGUUCAGGAUUUCCCUAGGAUUGUUGUGUGGGUAGAGGGGCGGGGAGGACCUUUAACUCGCUUCACAGGAACCUUGGUGCUCUUUUACCUCAAAGCCAAGGAUGGAAAAUAGGGAGUGGGAACAUAAUAUGUCUCCUUUUCCUUCCCUAAAGAAGGAGUUUCAAUGCUGAACUUUUAAAAUCUUUCUAUCAUAUUCUAGCAAUAUUUUUUUCCUUUACCCCACACAUUAUAAGUUGUGUGGAGAAACUGUCUCACUAAAAAGUAUUACUGAGAUAACAAAAACCGGCUAAUAUAUUGAAUCUAGAUUGCUUGAGUUUUCCAGUGGACUGCCUGCCUUUGUUACUGCUACAUAGCGUACGGUAUGUUGGCAUUACCUCAAACUCAGGGACCCCAAAGGGACAGAAGGAGAACCCCUUUCUAAGACUGACUUGGCAGUGGAAGGUAGUGAUGGGUUUUGGCCACGCCUCUAGAAGGGAUAGUAUCUGUAUUGAGAGAACCUUUAAGACCAGGAGGUGGGGAUACCCAAGCUCAGACCCUGGGAUCCCUGAGAUGUCCUCGCUGAGAGGUGGAAGGCCAGUGCUGGGGCCUCUGCCAAUGCCCUUUGGGGAAGGUCCAGGGAUCCUCAGCUGCAAACCCAGGGAAUCCCUCCAAGUGCAGCCAGAGUCAGUCCCUGAUCCCUGCCUGAUCCGUGUUGCUGCUCCAGACCCUCCAGCGUCACGGGACUGUUGUGGCCGAGGCACCCUGCCUUAGUCUUCGUGUUCCGAACCUGUCACUGAUGCCACGUGGUGAUGACAGAUCCCUUAAUUCCCCCAUCGCUCAGCCUCAGGUUUGUUUGGGGGGAAAUUCAGUGUCUGGCUACCUGAGUCUUUCAGGCCAUUGUUAUGGUUGUUUGUAUAUCACUCCUCUCUCUGGGAUGCACUCACUCUCACACUACCCUGGCAAACGUGUAUGCACGCACACACACGCACACACACACACACACACACACGAUAUCUCAUACACACGAUAUCUCAUCUGCCUAAGGCUUUUUAAAACUACACAGAUAAAUAAUGUUUCACUAGUUGGAAUGAGUUGCAACUAAGAUUGUUUGAGCUACUGGGUCUGGCUCUAAUGGUCUGCGUUCAUUACAGCAAACUCCUAUAAUUCAGAAUAUUUAUUUACACUAGUGUGACAACACAUGAAGAAAAAUGGAGCAGUCUGAAUUGUAUAAAGGGAACUAAAGAGGAAGAAAAGUGACAUGGAUAUAUUUUGCAAAUGUCACAUUAGUUAAAAAACAGGUAUGAAUAAUUUUAUUGUUGGUUUUGUUUUUUGCGGUACGCGGGCCUCUCCCCGUUGCGGCCUCUCCCGUUGCGGAGCACAGGCUCCGGACGCGCAGGCUCAGCGGCCACGGCUCACGGGCCCAGCCGCUCCGCGGCACGUGGGAUCUUCCCGGACCGGGGCACGAACCCGCGUCCCCUGCAUCGACAGGCGGACUCUCAACCACUGCGCCACCAGGGAAGCCCCGAUUUUAUUGUUUUAAAGUGGGCAUUCUUCAGUUUCCAGACCUCUGUAUGUAUAUUUUUAUCCUUUUUUUUUUCUUUGUUUUUGCCAAAUAAGGUGUCAUUUUGGUCCUUUGUUGGUAGAGGUUAUGUUUAAAUACAACCAAUCAGGCCCUAAGUGCAAAAAAAGUUCUGUCUUGGUGCUUAUCACUAUUAUAAUAUUAUUUUUGCUUUUCUAACUUUGCUCUUAGGAGCAUAAAUCUGUUUGUAGCUUUAUGGUAAUAGAAUAUUUUUAGUCACAUACUGUCAAAAAUUUUUUUACAUUGUACAAGUGAAGAAUGUUUUCAGGGUUAAAUGAUUGGUAUUAAUGUGUACCAAUCAUUUUGCAAUUAUUACAAAAUUUAAAAAUGAGUUUUUCUAAACUUGGUGUUCUUUUUAAAUACUCUUUGGAAAAUAUAUGAAAAUGAUAACCCUUUAGUCAGAAUAAGCCCAUGUGUUAAGAUUUUUUUCUUUUAGAUUUUAUAAUCCAGAGUUCACUAUAAAUAUUUAUGACCUCAAGCUCCUACUACUUUAGUUGUUUUAAAAGAAUGGGAAAUGGCUCACAAACUUUUUUUUUUUAAUUCUUGACGUGAAUUCCACUGUCGACUGACCGUGUAUGUUUGUGUGAGUGUACUCUCUCUUCU